AUGGCGAACGACUCAGAGCAGACGUCGCUACUCAUCAACGACUGCGAUGUGGACGUUGAGUUCGUACCUGCCAUCAUCGCUCGCGGCACGAGCUUCCCGGCCGCCAGUCCCACGUACACAGCUUCGUUGGAUGUGGUUAAGAUACGCGACUACGAGACGGAGAGCGACGCUGCGUCCCUGGUGCAGGAAUUAACCCACGAACAAGACAAAGAACCCGAACCCGUAGCCAUUGACGAGUUCUGGAAGACCAUGGCGCUCGCUUACCCCGUCGUCAUCACCUACACCCUCGAGUAUCUUCCUGGCCUCGUGUGUAUUGUACUGGUAGGACACAUCGAGUCGCCCGACACGAAGCGUUAUGUGGCAGCAGCGACACUCUCGACCAUGUUCACCAAUGUAUCGGCGCUCUCCAUUGGCUUCGGCCUCACCUCGGCGCUCGAUACCUUGUGCUCGCAAGCGUAUGGAGCUGGGAAGUUAGAUAAACUGGGACUGUACUUGCAAUCGGCCCUCAUCGUAGUGGGGGCGUGUUUGGUCCCUGUGUUCCUCAUGAACUGGCACGCCGAGUUCUUCUUGGAGCUCAGUGGACAAGACCCAGAGGUGGCGAGACUAGCGGGCGAGUUUUCCAGAGUGACGGUCUUUGGCGUCCCGUUUCUAUUCAUCUACGAAAUGUUGCGCAAACUGUUGCAAGCUCAAAAUGUCGUGAGGCCAAUGGUAUUAUUUUGCGUUUACUGCGUUGUUCAAGGACUUUGUGGGUACGUGGACAUGCAACUGUGUCUUGUGCCGUACUUCAUUGCUAGUGGCAACCACACGAGGUGGUGGACUGGCUGGAAGCUGAAAGAAGCGUGGGCUCUCGUGCCCUUGUUUACGCGAUUGGGUCUACCGGGCUUGGCGAUGAUGGCGAUGGAAUGGUGGGCGUACGAGGUGCUCGCAGUGCUGGCAGGUAACUUACCGGAUGGCGUCGUGGCAGUGAGUGCUCAUGCGGUGCUCAUGAAUGUGGCUUCGUCCAUUUACACGGUGUUUAUGGGCGUCUCGGUCUCCAGUAACAUCCGCGUCGGGAACUGUCUGGGGGCGAAUCACCCAAAGAAGGCGCGAGUUAUUAGCCGCACUACACUUAGUACCGUCUUUGUGCUCUCUUGUUUCUUCGCUGGCCUCGUGUAUUUGCUCCGUCAUCAGAUCCCUGUCCUUGUGAUCAAUGAUCCUGUCGCGAUCCAACGCGCUUCCGAUGCGCUUCUUGGAGCAGGAUGGCAGGAUACGGCGGCGAAGACGAAUGCUCUUGCCUUCUACGUCAUUGGCAUCCCACUGGGAGCCUUACUGUCGUUCCACUUUGGAAUUGGCAUCGAAGGACUCUGGAUCGGCUUCGGAACGGGCAUCGCCACUGCCUUCACCGUCUGCAGCACAAACCUUUAUUACGCAAGCUGGGAACAAAUGGCUCUUGAAGCGCGUGCUAGACUCGCCCACUGA